CCGGAUAAGAAAAAAAUAACAAAACUGUCAUUUGCAAAAACGCAAUCGCAAAACAUUCGUGUGGCGAGAGAAACGAACGAUUUUUGCCGGCAGAAAUUCCUCAAUUUCAUUAGUUUCCGCCGUUUAAAUCAUCCCUGAAAUGGCAUCACUAAUUCUGAGAAACGCUUGCCGCCGCACUCUGCUGCAAAGCCAAAACAGUGCUGGGCCACUGUUUGCCGUUCGCACCGUCGUUCUAAAACCGGUGCAGCCGGACAACCGUCCCGGAGAAUCGCACGAUGAUCGCAAUGCUCGCCUUCAGCGUCCCCAGUCGCCCCAUCUGACCAUCUACGCCCCACAGCUGACCAGUAUGCUGUCCAUCACGCACCGUAUGACCGGAAUGGCCCUGGCCGGUUACGCCACCAUGCUGGGACUGGGAGCGCUCGCACUGCCGCACGACGCCACUCACUAUUUGACUAUGCUGGAGGGACUGAGUGCUCCCACUUUGAUUGCUCUCAAAUUUACGCUGGCCUAUCCGUUCGCGUUCCAUUCGGUCAACGGGGUGCGCCAUCUGUUCUGGGAUCUCGGUAAGUUUUUGACCAUCAAGGAGGUUUAUUCCACCGGGUACACCAUGCUGCUGAUCUCUGGCGUUGUGGCGGCGGGACUUACUUUCCUGUAGAUGUCUGAGUGCCGGUAAAUUUGGUUUAUUAGGUUCAAGCUCUUGGCUGGUUGGUACGUUGUCUAAAGGACUAUUUAUUUGGAAUUCAUACGCCGGUAUUAAACAUGAUUUAUGAACA